CCCACCUCGGAGGUCGAUGAUUGCUGCGUUCUAGGUUGGGCCCUACGCCGAGCCCGCUACCUCAGGGCCCAGAAACACGAUGCCCAGUGAAACACUCUGGGAAAUUGCCAAAGCUGAAGUGGAAAAAAGAGGAAGUAUGGGUAAUGAAGGUGAUGGAGUUGAAAUUGGAGAAAGAUCUGUUUUCUUCAUUGGCAGUAAAAACGGGGGAAAGACUACUAUUAUUCUACGGUGUCUUGACAGGGAUGAGCCACCAAAACCAACCUUAGCUUUGGAAUAUACAUAUGGAAGAAGAGCAAAAGGGCACAACACACCCAAACAUAUUGCUCACUUUUGGGAACUGGGUGGAGGAACCUCUUUAUUGGACUUAAUCACCAUACCAAUCACAAGUGACACCUUACGGACGUUUUCUGUUGUUCUUGUUUUGGAUCUUUCAAAACCUAAUGACCUGUGGCCCACCAUGGAAAAUCUGUUGCAAGUCACAAAAAGCCACAUAGAUAAAGUGAUAAUGAAGCUGGGAAAGACAAACUCUAAAGCAGCUUCUGAAAUGAGACAGAAGAUAUGGAGUAAUCUGCAGAAGGAUCAUCCAGAUCGUGAAUUGAUUGACCCAUUUCCAAUACCCCUGGUUAUAAUCGGAAGUAAAUAUGAUAUUUUUCAGGAUUUUGACUCUGAGAAGAGAAAGAUAAUAUGCAAGACACUUCGAUUUGUUGCACAUUAUUAUGGAGCAUCAUUAAUGUUUACCAGUAAAUCUGAAGCUUUAUUACUAAAAAUACGUGGUGUCAUCAACCAGUUGGCAUUUGGCAUUGACAAAAGCAAAUCAAUAUGUGUGGAUCAGAAUAAACCACUGUUUAUCACAGCAGGAUUGGAUUCCUUAAGUCAAAUAGGAUCCCCUUCUGUUCCUGAUAAUGAUAUUGGAAAGCUUAAUGCCCGUUCACCAAUGGAGCUGUGGAAGAAAGUGUAUGAAAAGUUCUUUCCACCAAAGAGUAUCCACACGCUAAAAGAUAUCAAGGACCCCGCACGAGACCCUCAAUAUGCUGAAAGUGAAGUUGAUGAGAUGAGAAUUCAGAAGGACCAGGAACUUGAACAGUACAAAAGAAAUUCUUCCAAGUCUUGGAAACAAAUUGAGUUUGAUUCUUGAACCUAACUAUUGUGUAUUUAUUUCUUCUUUCCCAAAUACAAGUAAGAUUGUUUUAUUAAUUAACUGUUGUGGUAAUAUGUGAAGAAAGUUAAGAUGUGCAGUUUGUUAAAAGAAAAGCUGAAUUUCUUGUGCUAGUGCAACUCUCUGGAUAAUUCAGUCUUUUAAAAGGAAAACAAUUGUGUAACUACAUGAAAUAUUCUUUUAAAUAAGAGCAUCUUUUCCUAAGUACUUCUAA